CUUGGCAUCCACGUCAAUGCGUCGGACAAUCUCACCACUCUCCCAAUCCCAAAACACAACGAAACCAGAACCACGAGCUCCCAGCAAAGUUCCGCCAUGGAGACCAUCAAUCGACCAGCCACCGGCCCCCUUCAUAGGGCCGCUGGUUCUCUCCUUGAAGUUCUUAUAGAUCUUCAACUUGGUCUUCGUCUCGAGCACCGCAUAGGUGUUGGAGUCAGGCGCCCAUGCAAAGGACAGACCGUUGCCGAAGGACUUGUUCCGCCAUGCAAGAGCGGUAUAGGUGAUGUACUCACCGUCACCAACGACGGUAACGAACCGGCCGUUCGGAGAGUGAACGAGAGCAGACGCAUAUAUCUCGGUGUUUCCGAUCUCUUUCGAGGAGAAACGGAGCCGGGAUCCAUCGGCAGCAUCCGCGGAGACGUCGAUCGUCUGUAAGUUGCCAGAUAGGACUUCUUGAUUACGUGUGAAGAUGAGUUUCCCGGACGGGUCCAUGCUGAAUGUGGGCUCGUCACGCCCGAGCUGUGAAGUUGAGAUAUUAUCCACGAAAAACAGAACGUGCAUAGCGUACUUUGAUGACCACAACACCUUCAUCGAAACCAAAGGCAACAUCGUUGGCUCCUGGCCGCAGCGCAAUGCACCAUGCGCGCUCGAGGGAAUAGCUCAACGUGUUCUCUAUCCGGUAGGCACCGCUGUUCCAGAUUUUGACGGUCCCAUCCUCGCUGCCACUGAUGAUCAAAGGAAGGUUGGGAUGGAAGACGGCGAAGGAAACAUUGUUGGUAUGUCCCUCCAUGGUCUGUACGCAACUCUUGCUGAGGUAGUCCCACACCUUGACGGUCUUGUCAUCGCCGGUAGUGACAAGAUAGGGUUUGUCUGCGCCUUGAUAGAAGUCGACUGAGUUGACACCCUUCUCGUGCGCGUCCAUGGUAAAGUUCGCGGUUGGGGCGCCGAUGUUCCACAUCUUGACGGUUCGAUCCAGACAAGCCGACGCGAACGUGUUGGAAUCCUUGGGAUUGAAACAAAGGCUCAUGAUGAAGUGGGUAUGGCCCUCGUAGAUCUGUGUCGGGAUUAAGUAGAUAGGUCAUGAGGAAUGGGAUGACAUGCCUGGAUGUUCUUCCAGCUCUUCUCCCAAUCCCAAGCUCGAAUGGUCAUGUCAUCACUCCCCGUCAGGACAAUAGGAGCGGUGGGGUGGACUGCGAGACAUCGAAUGUAGUCGGGAUGCGCCUCAAAGGAGGUGACCUUCUCGUGCGUGUUGUAAUUGAAGACGCGAAGCUGGAAAUCGUCGGACCCCGCGACGAACCAGUUCUUACGCGCGAUGAAUUUGCAGCAGCGAACGGGGACUUCGGACACUUCGAAAGUCUUCACAAUCACGCCAGUUUCGUAAUUGUAGAUGUUGGCGGUUCCAUUAUAGAGACCAGCGAGCAACCAGGGUUCGGUGGGGUGGAAAUCUACGCCUUUGACUCGCUCCGACCGGCUGAAGAGUUUCCUCUGAAUAACAGAGUUCAGAGCGCACAAAAGCUAAUAGUUCAGAUGCGUACAUUAACCUCGAACAACAUGUCUGCGCGGAGGACGUGGAAGGGUAUUGCUCUCAAUCAACCAACAGGCGCAAAGAUCUGGGCAUCGCCACACAUGUCGCUGAUGGCCGACGGACCCGACGGACCUGAUGUCAUCUGAUCUGUGGCGCGCGACGUCGACGUGCGCGUCAACUCGGCAAGGGCUGAUCGGGCGGCUUGAGUUAAUUAGUCUUUCACGCUGACCAUGUGCAUUCCACCUUGCCGUUCUCCCUCGCCGAUGAGUUUCGUCGCCCUCCUCCUCGGACCUUAAAUACCCGCUUCCGCUCAUCCACCCACCUCACUCAGCUCAUAACCCACACCCCUUCUAAUCUAAACACUUCGCCAAUCAAUAUGCGCCCCGGUCCCGCUUACGGAUACCCUCAUAGCUUCCAUUCAUGGCACGGACCCCGCCGUUUCGUGUGGUUCUUUAUCGGCGCUGCCUCUGCGACGCUAUGGAUGAAGCAUAAAGAGGCCCACCGAUACCCCAACGAUCGUUAUUUCGGGCACUGCUAUCGCCCAGCUGUUCCCGCGCUCCAACCCCGGGCAGACGCAACUCCCCCACCUGCAUCGCCUGACGCCCCGAUGUCACCUACCUCCUCGCCUCCCGUAUCCUUGCCUAUUUCAUCGCGUGCAGCCGAAAUCUCAUCGGCAGUAAACCACAUGCCUCCGGCGUCACUUCCCUGGGGCUACCCGGAGUCACAUCGGGAACGCCAAUGGGAAGAAGAGAAGAAGAAACUCCAGAGUAUUACUAGACAGGCAGAGGAUGUGAUGACCAAGAUAUCUGAGGCAACCGUUGACACCAUGCUGACUGCGAUGGAAGCGCUCAAAGUGAAACUCGCAGAACAUCGUCUGCAACGUGAAGAGGCUCAACGCGAGCUCGAGAAGAAGUUGGAGGAGCAGAGGAAUGUUCCCCAUCGUUUUGUCUAAUCCUGCCACCACUGUUCCGCACCCCACUCCCUUCUCAAUGUUAAUAAGCAUGUAUCUGUAGCAUACUUGACCUGUACAACUC